AUGUCGACAUUCAGUAGAUUACUCAACUGGUCAAAAUCACCUCAAGCGAGAGAAUAUUUCUUCUCUACUCACUUCUGGGGACCAGUAGCAAACUGGGGUUUACCAUUAGCCGCUUUAGCAGAUCUUAGAAAGGAUGAAGAAAUUAUCUCUGGUACUAUGACAGCAACAAUGGUCGUUUACUCAACCACAUUCUCACGGUUCGCAUGGAGAGUUUCCCCUAGGAAUUACCUCUUAUUAGCCUGUCACGCUACAAACGCAAUCACCCAAUCUGUCCAAGCACUCAGAUUUACAAACUACUGGUACUUUGGUGGACGAGAAAAGAGAGGAAUUAAAACAGGCGCGGAAGCUGCUUAAAUAAAUGCAUUUUAGAUUUUAUCUUCA